GGGUCUUCACAGGAGGCUUGGUUAUCCAGUCAGUCUCAAUUUCGCGUUGACGAAUGCACCGCCUCCUUGUGCCUGGUUUGGUGACGGUGGGGACGCUCCACCACACGCUCGCGUCCAUCGAAUGGGUGUCGGGCGGGACGGCCGCAGAGCUUCUCGCCGACCGCGUCGCGCUGGCCGAGUCGUCGUACGACGUCGUGCCAGACGUCGAGCCUCCUCCGACCCGCCCUGACAACUACAGGAGGUGCAUCUGGAACCGGUUCAACUAUAAGGUCGACAAGGCAACCAACGAAGGCGAAGAAAACAGGGAGCAAUGCUUCGACAACGUGUUCGAGUACGGCAAGGUGCUGGCGUACCCGUUCCCGCGAAGCAGCUACCACUACGACACAGACCCCAAGCACGUCAUGGACUCGGACGCCAAGCCCCACAUCACUGUGGAUGCCGCGUACGACUUGACGGGGAAUGGCUUUACCAACUUCGACCCGAAGAUCUACGAUUUUGAAACCUUCGAGCGGGACGGCGCGUCGAUCUUGUACAAGUCGAUCAAACACUCGGUGGGCCUGUAUUGGAUGACCCUCGUUGCGUACGACUUCAACGGGGUCGAGUCGUCCGAGUGCUCGGCAUGCUUGUCCGUAACAGAUAUGUACCGACCCCGCGGUGGCCCGGGCGGCAAGACGUGCACGAACACCAACGUCGUGGGAUACGCGGACACAACCCUCAAGAACCUCCUGCCGCCAGUGCAGCAGCUCAUCGCAUAUCGUCAAAAGGCGACCAACAACAAGUGCAGCAACGUUCGGUGCGACGACGUCGGACUGACGCGCACCGACUUUUUCAGCCUCGAGUCGGCGCGCGAGAGCUUCUCGGGCACAGAGGUCGAGGAUCCCCUCGACGGGUGGACGACGUGCAUGGGCGCGCCGCUCACCAACAACGAAUGGGCCAAGCUAACCACGUCCGUCUUCACCGCGUCGUCGGACAUCCCCGACGUGCAUACAUGCGCACGGUCGUGCAAGUACGACCUCGCGCUCAAGGAAAUCUACACGGCGUUUAACUGCGACGUCGACUACACUAUAUUCCCUCCCAAACCAAUAUGCGACGGCGAGUCGACCGAAGCGUGUGCGUUUGUCCAGCAAGUGACGGCCCGGUCCACCGACUUGGUCUCGUCGUUCAGCGUCAAGCUCAAGGCGGCGCCGGCCAAGGUCCCGAUCCAAGACCCCGCGGCUGUGUUCCCGGGCUCCAACUACCCGCCGCCGACCGACACGGUCAAGAAGGAACUGCACUUUGACGUGUCGUGCGAUAGCACCGCCCCCGACUUUGCCACGUUUUGCACGAGCCAGCUCCAAGUCAAAGUGAGCGACCUGUUCGAGCUCGACGCGACGCUGAACCCAAACCCGGCCGUGGCCGCGCUUCUAAAUGGCCGCACGACGUCCGCGGCCCCGAUCGUGUUCUGGCGCGUCAAGAACACGGCCGCCGGGGCGUGGCAUGUGAUCGAAAACGGCGACCUCAAGGACCCGUCGGUCGUCCUGACGUUCCCCCGUUUCAAGACAGAGCUCAUCUUCGAAGCGUUCACGGCUUGCGGCAAGCUCGGCGACAUCACGUGGAAUGUCUACGUCCAUCGCCACGAGGUCGUCCGCAUCGAUGACUGGUGGUACUCCAUGUGGGACUGCGGUGCGGGCAAGUGUAAUGUCGAACACACCGACUUUCGCGUGUGCAAGUUCAAGUUCGACCCCAAGUGCGACACGUAUUUGAGCAUGCUCAACCCAUCGGAUGCCAAGCCAACGAUUCCGAUCGACCCCGUGACGAAGGGUUCGUACAAGGUGUGCGAGUACAAGGACGCAAAGAACGAGAAGCAGAUGUGCUCGAACGGGUGCUGGUGGCACUACGCGAGCUGCGACACCAGCUCCAGCGAAGAGUCGUGCGCAGAUCGCAUUCGCCAGGAAGGCAACCGGUUCGUGUACUGCGGCGAGGGCGGCGAGCACGAGCCACCACUUGGUGAGGUCGACUCGCACAAUCUCGCGGCUCAAGUUCUGCUCGAGGCAUUCGACGACGAGGACAAGGUCACCAACACAAAAUACGUCAAGCCGUUCGCCAAGCAGUGCAAGUGCACGACUCCGGCAUGCAAAGGACGGGUUUGCAAGGGGUGCAGCACAUCGCAUGUGUCGCCGACGGCGCCAACCGAGUACGAGUGCCAGGCCGAUGACGGGACCAAAGACACCUGCCUCGCCAACAUUGCCAACAACAAGCCGGAGAAGGACCAGUUUUACUGGUGCGGCGACGGGACGAACCCGGACGUUGUGCCGGCUCCUGUGCCGGCCCCAGAAGUCCGCAUCAAGUGGCAAUUCCUCGGCCUCCAAUGCACGUGGAAGUACCGCAACUCCAAGUCUGCGGCGCAGUUCUUGAACACGAUCAACCGCGGCGCCGACCAAAUCGCUUUUGAAAAGGAAGUCGCGAUCAAGAUGCAAAACAUCGAUGUGACCGAAGUCACGGUCACGUGCGAGUUCAACUUCAAGUCGAACGCGGCCAAGUCGGACGCGCUGCCGCUCAAGAAGACCCGAUCGAAGACGAUUCUGAUCCAGAACUGCGACCACCCGCGGUGGAACGCCGAGCACCCGAUCGACCAAGGCCGGUUCAUUAAAGACGUGUGCAACGUUGUGUCGUGGUACAGCGACGUCAAGAAGCGCCAGCCCGCGCCGUUCCAGGCGUGCCGUGGCGCGCUCGUCUACCCCGACGGCCCGUCGACAGAAGCGAACGCAGCCAAGACGAUUUACGUCGAGACAACGUCCGACCUCCAGUGCUGCAACAUCAAAGGCUCUGACCGGGGGGACUCGCGGGGGGACUCGCGCAAGUCCCCUGACGGGACCUUUACGUGCCAGAAGCUGCCGGGCGACUUCUCGACCGGUCUCUGCACCGACUCCAAAUCGUCCAAGUAUUACUACACCGCGUCGUUCGUUGGCGCGGCAUCCAUGGUCGACAGCGCCCAAGCGUACGUCCGCGAGUUGCUUGUGGCCGGCGGGUUCCUCGCGGCCGUCGCCGUCGUGGCAGCUGUCUCGUCCAAGCAGCGCGCGUCGACCGCCGCCGUCGAAAUGGACGACGCGUACAUGCAACUCUUGGCCUAGUCGACACACCCGGCAUUGCGUAUUGCAUUUUUUACUCGAUCUAAUUGCAUGUUAACACGAAGGAUAA